AUCAGUCCCGCAGAGUUAUUCACCCUUACAAUGUGGAAAUAUUUAGUAUUCAUUUUGGUGCAAAUAUGUGCUGCAAGUUUAGUAGAUAAUGCUUGGCAGGUCCUCCAAAGGACACCGCGAAUCAGACACGUUGACCCGUGCAGUGACUUUUAUCAGUUCGCUUGCAAAGCAGAAGCAAACGAUUUAAAUGUGGACAGUAACAGCGAAAAUACUACUUUGGGUUUCCUAGGGAUUGCCAAACAAAGAGUGGCAGAGAUGUUGUCUGAAAGUCUUAGUCGCAACUCAUCAACCCGGCACUACCACGAUAAAUCAUUGAGAAAUGCAAGAACAUUUUAUUCAGCAUGUUUGGACACUCAACCGGAAAGCGCCUUACUUGAACUCAAGAGGCUACUACACCCGGGUAUCAACCUUCCAAUACCGAACCAAAAUUGGAAUGAAACAAAAUUCAACUGGGUGCAGGAGGUAUCAGCUUUGCGACAAUAUGGGGUGCAAGCCAUCAUUCACGAGUCCGUCGCUCCUGAUUGGAAAGACGCUUCAAUCGCUAAAAUCUACUUCGUUGCUCCCAAAUUCGACUUCGUUCAUAAGGAAGACUUGCUGGGAACUUCACGGAAUAGUGGCGAGUUUGUGUUCUUUUACAAAAGAUACAUUAAAUUGCUAUUCAAGAAACUGGGCUUAACGAUUCGAAAGGCUAGAGAAGUAUCUGAAGAGAUUGUAGCAUUUGAAACCGAAAUUGCAAAAAUAGUCCCCGAUGAGAGCGAAGUCACCCCGCCAGAGCCAAUUUCUUUUAACACCCUCAGGGAACGCAUUCCUCAAAUUGAAUGGAUGACAUACUUUGCUAACAUUCUAGAUAUAUCUAUUGACACCAUGUCGCCGCUAAUAGUAAUCAAUGAGGAGUACUAUCGCAAAUUAGUGAACUUAAUAUCUCGAACCCAAAGUCGAGUAAUCGCUCAAUAUUUGCUUUUCAAAUUUAUGUUCAAAUUCAGGGCAGCAGUAGAAGAUACACAUAGUCCGGAAUAUUGUUUGGAAGAUGUUAUCAAGAAAAUGAAAACAACUGUCGGCAAAAUCUUCGUCAACAACUAUUACUCCCCCGAAACGAAGCAAAGUGUGAGUGAGAUUGUGGCAGACGUGAAAGAAGCUUUUGCGGAAAUAUUGAAUGAGUCUGUUUGGCUGGACCAGUCGACGAAGGGUCAAGCUCUUGAAAAGUUGCGUGCAGUACGCACCAUCGUAGGAUAUUCGGAUGAUUUGUUUACAGAUAACAUGGAAUCUUCUGUUCAUCUCACCUCCAACUAUUACGAAAAUUGCGUUAAAUUGGCUAAGCGUGAAGCAGAAGUUGAACAUAUUCAACUGUAUGAAGGGUUGCGUCCGUGGGUACCUAGCCCUGUGGAUACCAAUGCAUUCUAUAAAGUGACAAGAAAUACUAUAUUCAUUCCUGCUGGACUACUAGUUCCUCCUCUAUAUGAUCAGAGCUACCCAAAGUAUCGCAACUAUGGAGUCCUUGGAGCUAUCAUUGGCCACGAGUUGACCCAUGGAUUCGACUUCGAAGGAAAGAAUUAUGACUCGAAAGGGUCCGUGCAAAACUGGUGGACAACGAAAUCACUAAUUGCCUACUAUAGCCAUCUGGAGUGCGUCCUCUCACAGUACAACAACAUUUCUGCAUCGGAAUCUCGAGAAAGUGUAGGAGAUUUCGGAAGUCUAAGCGAGAAUGUGGCUGACAGUGGAGGAAUACAAGUUGCGUUUCGGGCCUACAUGAACUGGAAACGGAGAAACCAGGAAGAGCAAGUGCCGAAAGAAACUAUGACUAGUGAAAAGCUAUUUUUUAUGAAUUUUGCCAAAUUAUGGUGCAUUCCUCAAAGUAAUUCUUCUUCGCCGAACAAAUAUCGCGUAUUUAACUCCUUGGCCAGCUUACCUUCUUUCGCAGAUGCUUUUGGCUGUGAACCAGGUUCCAAAAUGAAUCCAGUUAGAAGAUGCAAGCUUUGGUGAACCUCAAUUUAUAUACCAUU